AUUGCUGGAAUUCAGACCCUGACCUGCACUGAUCAGAAAGGUGGGAGAAUAAUUUUGGGGGUGCGAAACUUCAGAGGACAAUUAAUUCAGUUUUAUCCUGCAGAAUGUGGCUCCACGUGGCUUUUCUGUGUCUGUCCUUCCUUACGUUGGCCAGUCAACUCCAGGCUGAAGAUCGAGCAUCCCUGCGUCGCUCCAGUGACGCUGCUGGACGUUGCCAGUACACCUUCACUGUGGCCAGCCCAGAGGAGUCCAGCUGCACGGGGGGCAAUGGGAGACCCGAGAUGGAAGGAGUCCUGUCCCGACUCACCCUGCUGGAGGCUCUGGUCAGCCGCCUGAUAGCAGGAGCGGACACCAGGAGAGAUAUAGGAGCUGAAGUUGAGGUGGGCUUCCAGGAAAAUUUCUCCCAUCUUACAGGGGAAAGAAACCAGCUGCGCCAAGACAAGGACCGUCUGAACAGACAGGUCCAGGACCUCCAGGCGAGGGUGACAGAGCUCAGCCAGGAGGCAGACAGCCUCAGGCAGAGCUGCAUGAAGACAAACACCUCAGCGGAUGCUCGCAGUGACAUCAACCACAGACCUGCCAGUGAUGGUGGCUAUGAUUUUGGUAAUGGUGCCUACCAGGAAAUGAAGGCUGAAGUCACAGAGGUUCCUGCAUCCCGCUUCCUUCCUGAUGGAAAUUUCUCUGGUUGUGGCGAGGUGUUGUCAGUGGGAGAUCCAGUGUUACAUCAGAAGGCUGACGGUAUCACAGGGAAGUACGGAGUGUGGCUGCAGGAUCCUGAGCCCCAAGGCACUCCGUACACCAACAAGACCGUGUGGCGUAUCGACACCGUGGGCAAAGAUGUCCGUCAGCUGUUUGCGUAUGAAGACAUGGACCAGUUUUCCCGUGGCUUCCCGAUGAAGGUGCUCAUCCUGCCCGAACCCGUCGAGAGCACAGGCGCGACAAUGUACCGCGGCUCCCUCUACUACCAGCGCAAGCGCAGCCGUACUCUUAUCCGCUAUGACCUUGCCUCAGAGAGCCUGGCAUCACGUCGAGACCUACCUCACUCAGGCUUCCACGGCCAGUACCCUUACUCAUGGGGGGGCUAUACUGACAUUGACCUGGCGGUGGACGAGCAAGGUCUGUGGGCCAUCUACAGCACGAGCAAGGCGAAAGGCGCCAUUGUGAUAUCCCAGCUCAACCCUGAGAGCCUGGAGGUGAAGAACAGCUGGGAGACCAACAUCAGGAAGAACACCGCGGCCAAUGCGUUCAUGGUGUGUGGUCGCCUGUACACAGUGGCCAGUUACUCGGCUGCCAACACCACCAUCAACUAUGUCUAUGACACUGCCACCAGGGCGAGCCGGGCCCUUUCUGUGCCCUUCAAGAACAAGUAUCGUUACAACAGCAUGGUAGACUACAACCACAACCAAAGGAAGCUGUUUGCCUGGGACAACUUCCACAUGGUUACCUAUGACGUUCGACUGGGUCGGGCUAACAACUGAAGAGGACAAAAAAACUGAGAGCGGGAGGGGUCUGAUCAAAGUCAAUGUGAUUGAAAAAAACAUAAUCAGCAGUUAGGAUGCAUGUCACAUGUCCCUUUUGCUGCCUGUCAUUCGCUCUUUCUCUCUGUUGCCAUGACAAAUCCCCGCCCCCAUUGUAUUUGUGCAGAACUAGAAUCUAUUUUUUCUAUUACCUUUGUAAAUAGGAUGUGCUUGGAUUUGUACAGCAAACAUUUCACUCAUAAAUGGUGUGUACUGCAGUGUUCCUAAUAAAAUACAGAUA